GCAGCUUCGUCAUCUUCGCACCAUCCACCACACACCACCACGCAUACUUGAUACUUGCACUGAGGAAAAGGUUCAACGCUUCGUUUAACCGAUCCUCUUUCCUCCCCUCUUCCAUCCGACCCCCCAACGCCGCGAAACCGAACCUUAAUCGUGUGAUUCAUUGUAUCUAUUCUUUCCCGACUUUUACAUCAUCUCUCGUCUCUGUCUGUGAUUUUGCUUCGGCUCUGAGCUCUCGACUCGCCGCAUCCCGCAAAGCCACUUAGCUUACAGCCCUGCUCGUCCGUUCCGCUUCGCUCCCUUGCUGUGCGCGGCCUGCUCGAAUUCGGUCAGCUUCUCUCGCAUCGACCACUCACUCGCUCACUCACUCGCUCGCACGCUCUCGCACGCUCGCAAAUUCCCGCCACCCCUCCCGCUACCACACUCGUACCUUGCAUCCCAAUAAUAGUUAAGACUUUCCUCAACAAUUCACACUGCCUACCUACGCACUCGUCGCGGCACAGCUCGACUCAAGCUCCCGGCUUACCGGCCUUUCCUGAGGUUCGAGAAGUCGCAGCAUCAUCUCGUCUCGGGAAACCCUUCGCAGCUGUUCCUGUCAUCAUUCAUCCCUUCGGCUCCCCCCUUGAAAGACUCCCGCGCUCCAACCCGUCGCAAGCCGGAGCUUCUCAGUCACCAUGCAAUACGUACGAAACCUCAGCGCAUCCGUCUCUUCGACAUGGAACUCCAUAAACCCGGCCACUCUCAGUGGCGCCAUCGAUGUAAUCGUCGUUGAGCAGGAGGACGGCACCCUUGCGUGUUCGCCCUUCCACGUUCGCUUCGGGAAGUUCUCGCUCCUUCGGCCCUAUGAGAAGAAGGUCGAGUUCAAGGUCAACGGCGUCAAGCAGGACUACUCCAUGAAGCUUGGUGAGGAGGGUGAGGCCUUCUUCGUCUUCGAGACCAGCGACACCAUCCCAAGGGAUCUGCAGACGUCCCCGCUGGUCUCUCCGGCAUCGAGCCCUCCCUUGAAUCCGGAGAACCCUUCCUCGCCUGGCCUCGGUGAGCCAGAGCUACUGGACCUUGACUCCGACUCCACGAAACCUCGUCGUCCGCCUCCUUCAGUCAUCCAUGCCGCAACAUUUGGUCCCCAUGGACUCAACACCCCUCUUUCAACCUCGCCUGACCUCUCCCAUUCACGACUGAGAUCAGAAGACUGGGUGUCCGCCGCCCAGCGCCCUUACAGCGACGAUGUGCUUCGCAAGUCGGCGCGUGCGAGCGUGCGAGCAUACGGUGAAGGCUCUGCCGAUUUUGCCCUGUCCGAGAGGUCGCAGAGCCCCCCUCCGCUUGCACCAAAGGAAGCACUUGAACGGGCGCUCAUGCUCUCCAAAGAGCUUUCGGCCAACAACAUUCCCAGCCACGUCACGGAAAGCGGUGAUCUAAUGUUAGACAUGACCGGUUUCAAGAGCAACGAGGAGGACGUUUUCCGCGCCGAGAUUCUUGCACGCAAGAUUCUGUCCGAAGAGCUUGAGGGACCCUAUGAUAUUGGUUCGCUUUUCGGUAUGGACGAGCACGGCAACAUCUGGAUCUAUAGCAGCGAGGAGGCCAAGGAAGCGGCCAAGAAGAAGACGAUGGAGGCGGGCUACCGCCCAAAUCCCGUCAUUGCUGCGGACGCUGCAUCAGACCCUGGAUAUCAGAGCGACGGCAGUGACGUGACAACUACUGCGCCCUCCCCAAUCCACAGGAGAACCGAGUCGGACGCCGGAGCUUCUGGCCUGCAAACUCCUCCCAGCACACCUCCCCAAUCGACGGCCGGAAACCCCAACCUAAACUAUGCCAAGACGCUUCGUCUGACUAGCGAUCAACUGAAGGCGCUGUGUCUAAAGCCUGGAGAAAACACCAUGAGCUUCACUGUCAACAGAGCGACUUGCCAGGCCAACAUGUACUUAUGGAAGCAUGAGACGCCUGUCGUCAUAUCCGACAUUGACGGCACUAUCACCAAGUCGGAUGCCCUGGGCCACGUUCUCAACAUGAUUGGCCGCGAUUGGACGCAUGCCGGUGUGGCGAAACUCUACAGCGACAUUGUCGCAAACGGGUACAACAUCAUGUAUUUGACCAGUCGAUCAGUGGGGCAGUCCGACACCACGAGGGCGUACUUGGCCGGUAUUCAGCAAGGGCAGUACCGGGUGCCGCGAGGUCCUACAAUUCUGUCUCCAGACAGGACCAUGGCCGCACUCCGUCGUGAGGUGUACCUCAGAAAACCUCAUGUUUUCAAGAUGGCCACCCUCCGCGACAUUCGCCAUUUGUACGGACCGGAUCGAACACCGUUCUACGCCGGGUUCGGAAACCGUCUGACGGAUCAGAUCUCGUACAGGACGGUGGACGUCCCGAGAAACCGCAUCUUCACUAUCAACUCCAACGCCGAGGUCUCCCUUGAUUUGCUCAGCUUGAAUAAGCUCAAGCUAAGCUAUAUCAACAUCAACGAGGUUGUGGACCAUUUCUUUCCACCCGUGAGCACUUUGGUCAAGGGUGGUGGAGAGGAAUACACGGACUUUACGUACUGGAGAGACACUCCAUUGGACUUGGACGAAUUCUCUGCGAGCGACACAGAUGACGAUGAUGAGCAGGCUGACCUCGAAGAAGACAUCGAUGACGACGAAGAGAUUGGCGACGAGAUGGGCCAGAGCUACAUCUCGCGAGCCUCGGUUGAUGACUACGGUGAUGAACGCGAGAGCAUUCUCAGUGGAAGCAUUGACGGCGAGGACCAGCUCACAGCCUCCAUCAUGGAGGACGAGGACGCCGAUGACGAAGACGCCGAGGAAGAUGACGAGGACGACGGAGCCGACUUCGAUAUGCGAACCCAACGCGAGCGAACUCCUCAGCCCAGCAGCAAGGAAACAACGUCAUCCGAAUCUGCACAGAGGGUGUUCGUUGAAGACGUCGGAGCUGAACUCAUUACCGGGGUAAAUCAUCUCACCCUUGAAAAAGGCGUGCAGAAAUAGUGUGCUAAAAAGGGAGGAACAGGCUUCGGUGUACAAUCCUAAUACCAAAGCAGGUGCGAACUAAUCUUCCGUGUUGAUGCGCUUCUCUUGUUGUGUCGAGGACUAUAGAGACAGCGGUUUGGGGCACACGAACUCACACGGGGUCGGCCCUUUUAUUCUUUUCUUGUCCCGGGCAGGUAAUGUUAAGGUGCAUAGCGGGAGGCGUUUGGAAUUGGUGCUUUAUACUGUAGAAGUCUUGAAGGAGUAACCAUCUGAUUCAACUCCUGUUAGCCUUCGAAUGUCCGUACUCUGUGAAACGUGCCGGUGCUCUCUGUUGUUUAGCAUUUUAGCGUUGCAUAUAAGAGAUAUCGCCAAGUUGAUCCUAUCCUGGCUGGGCCUUGCUUCCCGACAGCCGAACAGAAGGCCGAGGCUUUUCCGUUACUCCUGAAUGUAAAACUCCGGAACGAUCUCUUUUCCCUUAUUUCCAUUUCUCACCCGUUGCGUCUUGACAGCUGCAGAUAACACACUGUCCAGAUCAAGCCCGGCCGCAGGUGUCUCUGCACGCGCCCCUACCCGCCACUGACGCUGCUGGAACAUCAAUCCCGAAAAUCGGGUGGACGUACGUGACACCGCCCUCACUGAGACGUGCCCUCCAUCUCCGCGUCCUCGUCGACGUCCUUGCCAAAUACAUCCUCCAUCGUGCCGCCCUCGACGCCGUCACCGCCAAUAUCCUCAUCGGCAGUGACGUUCGUCGCCUCCACUCCCUCCAUCGCACCGUCACCAACAGGCGCGCCGGUACCGUCUUCACUCUCGUCCUCGUCGUCCUCGUCGAUGCCCGCCUCUUCCCACACGUCCUUGAGCCCCCAGCUCACGCCGCUCAGCACGAAGCGCUCGCUGGGCAGCCUGAGACCCCACUCAUUUUGGGCGACCUUGGGCAGCGCCGUCUUGUUGCGCUCGCGCGCGAGCUCCUGUAGCCAGUCCUUAGACACGCCGCCCGCACCGCCGCCUCCGCGGAACUGGUAGCCGAGCCGCGCAGCGAUGGCGAGCUUGACGGCAUUCGCACUGACAGCGGCGUCGCCUGCCGCGCCUGGAAUCGAGCCGGCGGCGGCGCCCGAGGCGGACGCCUUGGAGCCAGCCUGCGAGGUGUAGGGGUCCGCUGAGAGGUAGAUGGCGUCGGAGAGGAUGCUCGAGGUGUGCCGGUAGGCGAAGUCGAGAAGGAGAAGGGGCACGCGCGAUUCGUAGGACGUGACGCCUUGAGAAGUGAGAAGGAGCUCGAUCAUGCGGGCGUCGCGGGGACGCGGGGCCGAGGCAUUGGGGUUGAGGGGUGCUGAUUGCUGCUGCUGCUGUUGUGAGUUGUUCUGCUGCUGUGGUUGCUGUUGCUGUUGUGAAGGUUGUUGCGUAGACGAGGAUUGGGUCGGUUGGCUCUGAGAGGGGGGCUGCGAUCCUGCUGUUGAUGUCGCUGCGGUAGCUUGGGUGUUGGGGACCGUCUGGGAGGCGGAGGCUCCUGCCGAGGAGGCGGGCACGCCGUUUGUUUGCGGGUCGGAGGUUUGCGAGGCCAUUGUAGCAGUGGUCGGCGCUGCGUUGAUAGCGGAGGAUAUGGUACGUAUGGGGACUAUCGGGUUGCGACUGGAUGGGAGGAUGGUAUCCCCUAGUAGAGACUGGGUCGUAGACAGGCCGUCACAGUGGUCCUAUUUGUCGAUGCGAGGGUGCUAGCUCGGCCAGCGUAGGAGAGAUGGGGAAUUGGUCAAGACUGAUUUUAUAUCGAAGGAUCAAGGCGCGAAUAGAGCUCGUGGUAAAGGGCGCCUUUGGUCGUCGUGGGUAUCUGCAGCUAGGUAGAUAAUCGUGGGUUGCGACGCGGAAAGUGCUACCUGCCGAUCAAGGCGCGUUAAU